AUGGCAGCGAUCAAGCCGACAUUCAUUCUUCUGCUCCUUGGGGUGUGGGCUGUCAUACUCCUCGGUAGCUGCUACGCCGAUUCAGAUGAAGAUAAAUACGAACCAUUUGAAGAGCAGAAGCCGGACGGCAGCCCCACGUACCUGAAGAUGGCCCACUACGCGGUGUCCACGCAAGUAAAGGGCAAGAAGGUGUACGACACGGUUGCCAAUCUCACAUAUGUUGGCACUCUGGUUGGUGAAGGCAAUACCAAGUACAAUGUCGAGUUCGACACGGCACCGUCAAACUGCACGAUCGGUAAAGAUGCUUAUUCGGCGGAGAAGUGCCUUCCUACAGGACCGGCAAAGAAGUACUGUUCCGCGACCAUCCGCGUUGCUCUUCCGGCGAAUACUACCAAAGUUGAAGACUACUACUGCCACGCCAUAUGA